GUUUUAAAGAAUUGCCAUAGCGCCUCACGCCAAUUCAUUUACAUAUGUACAUUUGACGACUUACGUAAUAAAUGACGUCAUCACGUGAUUUUGGCUACUUUUAGUGACAUAUAAGCGAGCCUUUAGCGAUUUGUCAACACUGGGUGCUUCAACCUUCAGCUGAAGGAAGUCUCGACAUAAAAUCUCGGCUGUUCUAGGGAUGCUGUACAUAACGUUAUCUCAGACUGCCUGUGCUUCAGUAAAAAGGAAGGAGGUCUGGAUUCAAGCCAUGCUUCACUGAUUAUUUCAGAUAUACAGGUGUGCUGUACAUGGUGUGCUGAACUGAUCUGGGAUCACAGCCCAUCUUCUCAGCAUGGGGCUAGCUGUAGCCAAAAUCUUCUGCCUGCUGGGGGUCUUUGCCCUCAUGUUGGGGGGGAUCCUUAUUCCUGUACGGAUGAUGCAGACAGCGUUUGAUAAAGUCACAAGGUACAGAAAAGUGGUUGCACUCAGCAAUUCUUUUGGAGGAGGUGUAUUCCUAGCUACCUGCUUCAAUGCCCUUCUACCAGCGGUUAGAGAUAAGGUUGAGGAAGUCCUGAAAAUGGUAAACGUCUCCACAGACUACCCACUGGCAGAGACAAUGAUGAUGCUUGGGUUUUUCCUAACAGUAUUCGUCGAACAGGCCGUACUGACUUUACGCAAAGAGAAGCCCUCAUUUAUUGACUUGGAGACAUUUAACGCUGGUGGCUCGGAGGCAGGGAGCGACUCAGAGUACGAUACUCCUUUCAUUGCUGCCCCUCGUGGUACAGCUGGAGCCCACCAGCACCAUUCACAUAACCAUGGGCACUUAAGCCCUACAGAACUGACACGCGCUGGGCCAUUGAGGUUGGGUAGUCUGGUGCUGGCGCUUUCCGCUCAUUCUGUUUUUGAGGGUCUCGCUCUGGGCCUUCAGGAAGAUGGUGCUAAGCUCGGAAGCCUCUUCAUUGGAGUGGCCAUCCAUGAGACGCUGGCUGCUGUGGCACUAGGGGUUAGUGUAGCAAAGGCAGGAGUGCCCCUACGGGAUGCCAGUAAGCUGGGCAUAACAGUAAGCCUAAUGAUCCCUCUGGGCAUCGGUAUUGGCAUGGGUAUUGAGACGGCCCAGAACUUGGCAGGAAGUAUUAUCUCUGUUGUGCUCCAGGGUCUGGCAGCCGGCACAUUCCUCUUCAUAACGUUCUUUGAGAUCCUUUCACGAGAGCUGGAGGAUAAACAUGAUAGACUACUGAAGGUGCUGUUUCUUAUUGUGGGCUACGGUAUUCUAGCAGGUCUCAUCUUUAUCAAAUGGUGAAGGUGUUCAGAAUUUCAUUAAACAUGCCAACCAUUAUAAACAACAGGUUCGGUAAGUCUACUGUAAAAUUACUAAUAUUCUCUAUGGCAAAACUCUGUUUUACAUUAGAUAUAACUGCUGUUGUAUUUUAACAGAUUGAACAUUUUGAUAAACAUUAUUUUUUUUUUAAUUACAUUUAACAGAAAUGGCGCACAUUAUUUAUGGAUAACCACUGUAUAAACGUCAUCUGCGUGUCUUAUGAACUUGAUGGUAUGAGACCCAGAUGUACCCAGAACUUGUUUCCACUCCGGUAAUUUUUUGUUACCCAUCUUUUAUGUAAAUGUUUUAUUUUUAAUGAUUUUCUUUUAGAUACUGUUAACUGAAUGUAAAUGUAUUAUGAGUAAGCAAGAAUCUAAAAAAAUAUCAUGCAGCCAGAUUGGAUAAAUGUUGUUGAGAACUUUGUGUUGAAGUUGGCUAGAUUUGCAUUGAGUUCAGUUUUGAUAAGUCCUCAGAAUUCAGUCCAACUGCCAGAGAUUGGAGUUACCUGACACAAUAGUGUACUGUGGGGGAAAAAAUUUUUUAAUGAAAUUUGAAAUGGCUAACUUUUUAAAGGAAUAUUCCUGGUUCAAUACAAGUUAAGCUCAAGCGACAGCAUUUGUGGCAUAAUAUUGAUUACCAAAAGAAUACAUUUCAGCUCAUUCCUCCUUUUAUAAAAAGUUGACUGUGAGGCACCACUGUACAAUGGAAGUGAAUGUGGCCAAUUUUUUAACCUUAAAGUACUCACCAUUUCAAAAGUAUAGACACAAGUCAUGAAUGAUAUGCAUGUUGAUAAAAUCACAGACCUUUUCUGUGUAAAGUUAUAGCCAAUAUUACAACUUCGUUAUCUUGACAAUGUAACGUCAACAACCCUAAAACCACUUGAAAAAUUAUAAUUUAAACAACAUAACUCAUAUUACAUGAGUUUUAACAGAAGAAUUAAUGUAAUUGCUUUUAUAAAAUUAUAAGCUUCUCAUUUCUGUUUAAACCCUCCAAAAAUUGGCCACAUUCACUUUCAUUUUCCCCAUUUACUUCCAUUGUAAGUGCCUCAGUCUAACAGCAAUUUUUGCUUUAAAGAAUAAUUUUUUGGUAAUCAUCAUUAUGCUACAAAGUAGGGCUGCACGAUUUGGAGAAAAUGUCAUAAUGCGAUUAUUGAGGUUAAUAUUGCGAUACUCGAUUGCGAUAUGGUAACAUGAGUCAACUUGCUUGGUUAUCAAGGAAAAUGCACAAAUAGAUAACUGAUAAUGCUGAAAUGUGUAUUUCUCAACUCAAACAUACAAACUAGCAUCAACAACAACAACUAUAAAUGCAGUGUUUUCAAAUUAAAAUAUUUUUACAAAAUUAAAUAAUAUCUUUGCAUUACUGCACACUUGUUAUUUUCUAAAUAUUACACCUAAAUAAAAAAGAUCAAUAAAUAAGAACAUACAAAUUUUCACGAAAAUAAGAUUGUCCAAACAAACAGGGACAUUUAAGCAGGAUGAACAUGUACUUUGUAUAAACUCUUUUGAAAAGGAAACUGAAUAUAAAGUGUGGUUCACUCAAACCACUAAAACUGUUGUUGUUGUUGUUGUUGUGUGUAUAUAUACAUACACACAUUGUGAGAUUGAGAGACGAGUGUCUCGUGUUAGAGUGCGCAUCAGCCGGCGGAACUUUAAAUCUCUCCCGGUUUCGACUCAUUCAGAUUGGGUCUCUUCCGCGACUGGUUGAUGCGGGCUCUGACUGCAUCGAGUUUAUUUACAUGGCACGCUCCCGUAUUAUAUUAACUUUAAUUAUUGAUGAAAUAAAGAUAUAUCG